GAAAAACCUACGCCUCACAGAAAAUUUCCAGCCCGAUCCCUCUGUACUCCACGUCCCGAGUUGAAUCUGAGUAACUCGACUUCGACCUUCACACCCACCGACCAGAUACCCCCAUAGACUAAUCGGCAGUCAGACAAAAUGGGCAAGGGACUCAAGAAGCACCAGAAGCGCCUUAGCGCGCCUUCGCACUGGCUCCUGGACAAGCUGUCCGGAACCUACGCUCCCCGCCCCUCGGCCGGUCCUCACAAGCUUCGCGACUGCUUGCCGCUGAUUGUCUUCCUCCGCAACCGCCUCAAGUACGCCCUCAACUUCCGCGAGACCCGCUCCAUCCUCAUGCAGCGCCUCAUCAAGGUCGACGGCAAGGUCCGCACCGACAUGACCUACCCCGCCGGCUUCAUGGACGUCAUCACCAUCGACAAGACUGGCGAGAACUUCCGUCUCAUCUACGACACCAAGGGCCGCUUCACCGUCCACCGUAUCCAGGCCGAGGAGGCCGAGUACAAGCUCGGCAAGGUCAAGCGCGUUCAGCUUGGCCGCGGUGGAAUCCCAUUCUUGGUCACGCACGAUGCGAGAACCAUCCGCUACCCUGACCCCCUCGUCAAGGUCAACGACACCGUCAAGAUCAACCUUGCCACCGGCAAGAUUGAGGACUUCAUCAAGUUCGACACCGGCUCCAUUGCCAUGGUCACCGGUGGUCGCAACAUGGGUCGUGUCGGUGUCAUCACCCACCGUGAGCGCCACGACGGAGGUUUCAACAUUGUCCACAUCAAGGACGCCAUCGACAACACCUUCGCCACCCGUGAGUCCAACGUCUUCGUCAUCGGCUCCGAGAAGCCCUGGAUCUCCCUGCCCAAGGGCAAGGGUGUCAAGCUCUCCAUCGCCGAGGAGCGUGACCGCCGUCGCGCCAACGCCCUCGCCGGCAACUAAGCGUCUUGUCUUCUACGAAAUGAUGAAGGUUGCGCAUGAGUCUGCUGCGUGUGCUGCAGUUGGGUUGCUCCGAAAGGUGACACCUCGGCUGCGUUGCUACACACUUUCGUGAAUGUCUCUUCUCGGGGACGGAAACGGUUAUUUGGGUCGGGCAAAUGGGAUUGAGCAUGAUCAAAAAAUUACGGAGUCUAGGGCUGAUUUUAGAGUUGUCGGCUUCGACUACCCUGCAGAUAGCUGCGGCCAAUACCAAGCCAUUGAAGGUCACUCUUCCGCC